CGAAUGCUUGGCUUAGUGGGCACCAUGUUUGCAGAGGGAAACACGGUGGGCCUGGGUUGUGCACCCUGGUGAGGCUGUGCUGUGAGCUGUGGGCCUUGGAGAUGCCUGGCCUGGGUGUUGCUGGUGAGGAGCCUGGGCCACUGUCCUGAUCCCUGAGUCCCUGGCUCCAGGCUGGGGUGCCCACUCCUGGGUGGACCCAGUCUGUGGUUCUCAAGGAAACACCUAUGUCCCUCUCACUGUGUUCCUCUUUGGGGAUAGGCAGGCUUCUCAGGGACAGAAGACAGGCUACCUGACCCACCAGCCUGACAUACGGACUGGGAGACCUUCGAGCCCAGCAGUCAGGAGGACCGGGGAGGAGGGUUCCAGUGGGGAAACUGAGGAAGAGCAGGAGGGCAUUCCUGGCACGUGUGGGGUUCAGGAGCUCUGGGCAGUGUUAGCUGCCACCUGUUGGCAGAGGCACUAUCCCUGUGUGACUGGGAGCUGCCACUGCUGUGGGUUCUGCACUCAAGUUCUGUCUACCCCAAAAAAUCUUACAGCAGAACCAAGCUGGAGCCCUAGAUGUGGGGCGGUCAUUACACAGAUUGCCUUUCUGCGCUAGGAGUGUCCCUUGCCACUUGCCGUGGUUUCACCUUGUCCUGAGCCCUGAGCUAAAACAGAAUGGGAUAGACGGAGACAGACAGGCCCAGCCCUCGCUCCGUGUGCAUCCCAGCUCUUUCAUCCCUCCUCCCCGCCCUCCCCUGGGACCCAGGCCCUGACAAUGUCCCAUGGGUAAUGCCCAGGCAGGGCUUGCCCAGCCUGUCCUCUGAUAGACAGAAGCAGAGACCUGUGGCUCCAGUCCACACUGGCCACGGGUGUUGGGGUGGGACAGGUGGAUGUCACCCUUCAGGAAGGCCCAGCAGGAGUCGUUGAGCAGACACAUGCAGCAGAGCCCCAAGAGGGCCAGUGCUGGAUGGGGAUGGACAGGAGGGCCAGGCAAGGCUCACCUCAGGAUGUGGCACACUGGUCAGGACAGGCCCCGAAGUCUCCUGUUUGCCAGUUUUUCCAAAUAGCUCCUCCAGCUGACACCAAAGUCCAUCUCUGGCAUCCAUCUGUCCGUCCCUCUGCCCACCCCUCAGCCUAGCUAAUUAUCAGUUGACUCAGUGCAUCCUAUCUACCUACCCACUCAUCCAUCCACCUGUUCAUCUACCUGUGCACUCGUCCACCCCACUCCCCACCCCCUCGCCUGUGCCCUGUCCUCCUGCACACCAUGUACAUUUCACUCUCCAGCCCCCAACAGCUGUCCUCAGUCCCUCCACCCAGUCCAGCUCGCAUCCAUCGCAGCUAGUGCCCCCAGUGUGCGAAGGUCACCAGGUCCUCCCAUGGCCUCAAGUGCGUGUGCCUGGGGCCAACCAGGCUGCCGCUGGGGAACCUGCCUGCAAGGUAGCACUCGGCCAUGGUGCCUCUUCAGGCGCAAGCCAGCUCCAGACACCUCAGGGACGUGAGAUUCUGCCCGGGUGGGGGCUGGGACCAGGAUGGAGAUAGGGCAGCCCACAAGCCGCUCCGACUCCCCAAGGCUGCAGGGCGUGCACCCUCCCUGCCACCUGCCCUGGGGGUCAGCACCUGGGGGAGGGGUCCCAAGAGAGACCUCCAGGAGGUCCUGAUGCACUCUGGCACCAGGGGUGAGCCACAUGUCUACCCCACCAAAAUCCCUGGUGGUGAUCACACCUGACCCAGCCAUAGCCUCCUUGCCCACUGCCCACCCUACAGUUCCCCACCGAGCCAUGACAUGAGCUGGGGGAGGCCCCAGAAUCACGAUCAUGCUGGCACCCUGAGGCCAGCUGCCCUCGAGACCUCACGGAUGGGCCUGGGGCAGCUGUGCGUGACAGAGUCCCAUAAGACUCCAUCUCGCUUGCUCUGUUCUUUUCCUGCCAUCCAGCUGGACCCCAGGCCCAAGGCUAACAGAAGGCAUUAGUGCCCUUCAGCACCCCCCACAUCCCAGCAGCCUCGGGCAGAGGCUCAAUCCACAUCCUCCUCUCUGCUUUGGCUGCCCCACCUAUGUAAUAAAGGGCACGUACCCAAGGCGCUGGCCCUCUUGGGCUCUGUUUUGCUCCUUCUGAAGUGCUGCAGGUGAGGAAUGCAGGGCCUCCCCUCAGGCAGAUAACUGGACAGGGUGCUGGGCAGCGUAGGGUGGAGGCAGGGGACACAGGGCAACCAUGGUGAGAUUCUCCAGUGGGGUGAGCCUUUGAGGUGAUGUGACGGCCUGACCCCUCCUCAGGAAGACCACCACUGGGGCCAUGUCCACAAAAUGUUCUGUCUGAAGGGCACACAGGACUCGAGCGGGACUCAACAGGAAGGCCACUGUGUAGCUGUGGUGUGACAUCCUCUGCCCUGGGCAGGCCCUGAGCUCCCACAGGAUGGCAAGGGGCAGGGACAUCUAGCUGGAACACAGUGGUGCCCAGCCUCCCACCAGGCCACAGUGGAGCCUCAGCCCUGGGCCCUGUGCAACCUGCCUUAUUGUCCACUCGCCCUGCCGGCCUCGGCCCAAACAGGAACCCGGCACAGUGCGGGCUGGGUCCCUUGGCUUCUCUCCAGGUGCUGGAGACGGGAAGCCCUGAGGCCGUCCAGAGUCAGGCCUGGGUGUGGGAGGCUUGCAGAUUGGCCCUCCAAUGGGUGGGGAAGAAAGGAGGGGUGCAGGGGCCCUGGCACCCCUUCAGGGAGCGACGUGGGGGAGGGCUGCUGCCCCGAGCCCUAGGCCCUCAGAGAAGCAAAGGAUCAGCUCAGCUGAGGGCCUCCACCUAAGAUGUGCCAGCUGUGGGGUGCGGGGGUCCUUAGGAACUCAAGCGCCACAGGCUGCUGCCUCCCCUGACCAACUCAGGCCCUGGGCUCCCUGGCUCUGCCAGACAUGGCUUCCCCAACUUGUUCACGCCCGACUGUUCACCGGGGCCUCCAGGGGCCCAGUCCUCUUGUCAGGGAAGUGGGAGGAGACCCUGAGUGCUCACAGCACUGGGCCUUGUCCAGGGCUCCAUCACCCUCCCCUCCCCAAGAAGGAAGGGUGGGUGGGGCUACACCCAGCGGAAAGCCCUUGGUGCUGUAGUGGGAGCAGCUGGCGCAGCACGCACAGUUUAAAAGGGGCUGGGCAGGUGCAUGCAGGUAAGCGGUGGUGGAAAUGAGCAGCAGCUCUUGCUUCCCAGCCAACCAUGUGGCCCUUCCAGAGCUGCACACUCUUCCCACCCCCCACCGAGGCCUGGCUCCAGAUGGUCUCCUCAGACCCGGAAGCCCAGGGCUGGGGGGCCUGGGCCAGGCCAGAGAAGAACUCUCUGGAGCCAGGAAGUGGGGCUGGGAGGGAGGCCGAGGAAGACGAUGAUGGAGACGCAAGCUUCCUGCUGUCCCUACUGGAGUCCGAGAGGCUGGCCAAGGGCCCUGAACCUGACCAGGAGCUGCAGGAGCUGGAGGCCAUCAAGCUUAAGCUGUGGACCAUGGAGCAGGCCCAGGCGGCACCAGAGCCGCCCAGCACACAGACCGUGGCCAAAGAGGAAGAAGCCGCCAGGGCUAGGCAGCUGCUGAGUCCUGAGACUGUGGGUAGCCCCUUUCCCAUGGCCCCCCGGGAGACGGUGGAGGCCGACUACAGAUCCAUCUACGUUGGCAACGUGGACUACAGCGGCACGGCCGAGGAGCUGGAGGCCCACUUCCACCCCUGUGGGGAGGUGCACCGUGUCACCAUCCUAUGCGACAAGUUCUCUGGCCACCCCAAGGGGUCAGUGCAGGGCUGUGGUGGGGCACAGGCAGUGUGGACUCCCCUCGCCCCACCCCGUCUCACCCUCCCCCACCCCCCAGCUAUGCCUAUGUGGAGUUCACCACCCGGCGCUCAGCCCUGGCCGCUGCACAGCUGGAUGAGAGCAUCUUUCGGGGCCGGGUCAUCAAGGUGCUCCCCAAGAGGACCAACUUCCCAGGCAUCAGCUCCACAGACCGCGGGGGCCUCCGGGGGUACCUGGGCACCAGGGCAGCACCCAUCCUAUGCAGCAGCCUCCAGGGCAGGCCCCGGUUCCGACCACGUGGGCAGGGCAGGGGCCGUAGAAGAUUCUCCACGUGGUUCUCGCCAUACUGAGGCGACAUCUGACUCCACGUGGGGUCAGGGCUGGGGCAGGAGUCAGCAGCUGUGUGCCCUGGGACCACUUAUUCCAGACAGGCCGGGUCUGCAGCCAUGAGUCUCAUGGUUGUCCAGUGGGUGGCGCAGCUUGGAGGCCCUGGACAGCUGGGGUGGGGACAGGGAGGCCCAGGUGGUGCUGCCAGCCAGGAUGGGCCACCUCAGCUCUUCAACUCAUGUAUUUUAAAGAAAGAUACAGACUUCUGUUUUAAGAGUAAAGCAUAAAUUAUUAAAUUUGAAUGUUUUUAAAAGCACACCAUGGCAGAU